GGUUGUAUGUCAAUGCUCCAAUACAGUAGGUGGCGGUAUGCACCUUUUACGAUGGUUACGAUCCACCCUUAAAAAAGAUAGAAGAAGAUUCACUGCAAAGACAGGAGGAUCUAUUCUCUGCCAAUAAAGUCGGUCUUAUUCUUAUUAUACAUCCGUCAUAAAGUCACUCAGUUUGUCACUAGGAGGUUUGAAAAUAAUAAUAAUACAGAUUUGAUAUAUAAGUCGCUAAAGGGGUCUUAAGGGUUGCCAACAGAGCAAGUCCCUAAAUAGGGAACACUGCCAAACCAGACUGAGAGAAGAUGCCAGCAGCAGAGGAAUCGCAUGGUGUCAACAAAGUUGUGGACAACAUCUGUAAGCUUUCUCCAGAUCUGUUGGCUGAAGCAUGUCAGCACAUUCUGAUUUAUCUUCAAGGACAAACUAAAGGAGUAGAUUCAGCUGAAAUUUCUCAUAAAUUCCAAAGAGCUGGAGUCAGACUUGACCAUGAAGCUCAACAGGACAUUAUCAGAUUUCUCCUGUUAACAUUCAGGUCAGCUGGGAAGAGCAACUUCUCUGGGGAUGACCUUGUGUCAAGACUGGAAGAAGGCAGUAACAAGUGGCCCAAAGCUUCCCUUCAGGUGUUGCACAGGUUGUGGAGCGAACAUGGUGCAUUAGUCCAUGCUCAGCAGGAGGUCCAGGCCAUGCUCAGCAUCAACCAGUUAGUGGACAUGCAGUGGAAGCUCGGCAUGGCCGUGAGCUCAGACACCUGCCGAUCUCUCAACUCCCCCUACGUGUCUCUACUGCUAAAGAUCGUUGAGCCCUCCGGGCAGAUUUGUCAGAGGUCUUUUGAAAUGACCAUUCCACAGUUCCAGAACUUUCACAAGCAGUUCAAGGAGAUGGCAGCCGUUAUGGAGACUGUGUGACGGUUGCAAGUUCACCUAAGUGCUUGUCGAAAUAACACUCCAGUUAACUUGUUACCCAACCGAAGAACUGCUUGACACAGGUGUGUGUCUUCUGGCUGUUUAACAUGUGGAUACCAAUUAUUGCAAAUGUCAAUUGUCUGCUUUUCACUUUGCAUUUUUUUACAGGUUGCACAAGCUCCUAAAUGAUUUACUGAACAGUCCUGGGGCUUUUUGUUAACUUCUGAAUUAUGAGGACUUACUUUUGCCGUUUGUGUUUUUUCCCCGGUUAAUACUGAAAUGUAUACUGUGUGGUUAUGAGGAGACCUUUGCCCUUUUUUCUACUUCCACUUUGAUGCUACACAACAAUGAUACAAUAACAAUCAUUAAAUGUAAACCAUUGUAUGGCUAUUUGAUUCCAACUUCACAGCUUAGAGCAAAUCAAAGUAAAAGCAUGUAUACACUAAAUCAAUGAAAUGCUUAGUGUCCCUGUUUACCAUCCAACUAAUGUAGAAUCCCGAGAGAAAUAAUUCUGACCUACCUUUGGGUAGUUUUGUAGUCUUAAUAUUGGUUCUAGUGGGGAGUCCACAGUUUCUGCAGCAAAUUUAGGGAUGCUUUAAUUAUCUGGUGUGCCGAUUGUCUUUGAUUGCAUUUCUAGAUGGAUGGAUCUCAUUAAUUUCCAUUUUCGCCACAAUCCAUUGUAGACAGUUAAUUCAAUACAAUGUCAACACUCAAAGAACCGAAAUACAACCACGUGAUUUCAUCAAGUGGGGGUCUAUUUGAUGGCCUGCCCUGUAUUAUAUAAAAGUCUACAGUUUAAAUAUGUAUACAUCAUAGAGGUAUACACAUAAAUCCUCACCAGUACUGUGGGGUUUAGUAGGCUGCAGAACUCCAGUGGCUACUGCCUCGGUGAUGAGGUUAUAUAUGGCACAGCUUCUAUUUUGGGGAUAGGAGGAGUGCUUGGAAUUAUGGCAUUCUGUAGAUGGUAGCUUCUCUAGUGCAUAGAGCAUAUCAGAUAGGAUUACAGCUUUCCAAGACUAUGAAUCAGCACAGCCUGCUUGUAAACAGUUAGCUGUGAACUGCCUCAGUGAAGUAUUGCAUAUUGUGCUGCCAACAUAGUAUUUGGCCAAGUCUGGUCUUCACAACCUCCGCUCAUUUUACCAGGUAGGUAGGAUGACAGCAAACAAAGUUAUGGGCCCGGAACACUUUCUACACUACCAUAAAAGUGGCUUUCCAUUAUUACUAUACACUGCUAGGCUAUUGUGCAGUGGUGGAAGACAAAUUUAGAUCCUUAAGUAAACAUACUAAUAACACACUGUAAAAAUACUGUUACAAGUAAAAGUCCUGCAUUGAAAAUGUUACUUAAGUAUGUAUAUCAUCAGGAACAUCUACAUAAA